AUGAUCACCGAAGCAGACCCCGCCAUCGAGCUCCAACAUCGUCCUACCUCAAGCCACUCAAGUGGUACUCAUACCCCCAAGCCGGUGCAGCCUCAGCCUCGACCCAAGCCAAGCCAUAAAGACGGCAGCUCGCAGUCGCACAAGGACGACUCAGUAGUCUUUAUCGAAACCGAGGCCUGCAUAUGCUCCUUCGCUGACAGUCUUGGCCCAGGCGACUCGGAGCCCGUCAAGUACAGGCUGUACAAGCGCCGCUUUUCCGGGCUCGUCGGGCUGGUUAUCCUUAGCCUCGCCUCUGGAAUGCCGUGGCCGUGGUUCGGGCCGAUUUCUACCGAAACCUCGACCCAGUUCAACAUCUCGAUCAACCGCGUCGACUGGCUCGGCAACAUCGUCUCGUGCGUCUACCUCCCCGUGACGCUCGCCGUGCCCGCCCUCGUCGCCCGAUUCGACAUCCGCUUUGUCAGCAUCCUCGGCGCCCUGACAAUGAUCAUCUCCGGCUGGAUCCGCUACGCCGGCACCGCCUCCUCCCUCGCGUCCAACGCGGACGCGGCGUACGCCCUGCUCAUCCUCGGCCAGCUCUGCAGCGCCAUCGUGCAGCCCAUCUUCCAGGUCCUCGGCCCGAUUUAUUCCGAGAAAUGGUUCGAUUUGAGAGGGCGGACGACGGCGACCAUGCUGGUUGCUAUCGCUAAUCCAGUGGGUGGUGCACUUGGACAGCUGAUAUCGCCGCUCGUGGGCACUGUCAGCCAGUCGAUCCUCAUCCUCGCAAUCAUAUCCACCGCCGCCGCACCCGCCGCCCUGUUAAUCGAGUCUCGGCCGCCUACACCGCCUACAUACGCGGGCUCCCAAAAUGCCCAAUCGAUGACCUCGCUCCUCCGAGCGCUCUUUGGCUUGCAGUGUACACCGGAGGCUUACAUGACCCCACGGGAGCGCGCGGAUUUCGUUAUCGCCCUGUUGCUUUUCGGAGUGCUUGUCGGCGCUGCGAACACGUUCUCUCUCCUCUCAGCGCAGUACCUCGAACCAGCAGGCUACAGCUCCGACACCGCCGGCCUCAUGGGCGCCGUCCUCCUCCUCUCCGGCAUCCUCGCGAGCGCAGCCACCGCACCGCUGUUCGACCGCGUCUUCACGCACCCGCACACCCUCGCGCGCACACUGAGAGUGCUCGUCCCGCUCGUGUGCGGCUGCUGGCUCGGGUUGGUGUUCGCCGUGGUGCCGGAUAACACGGGCGGCCUCUUCGCGCUCAUGGCGCUCAUCGGCACCGGCUCGAUCACGCUGCUCCCUGUCGGGCUCGAGCUCGGCGCAGAGCUGACGCGCAACGCGGACGGGAGCGCGGCGCUUCUGUGGGGAUCCGGCAACCUCUUCGCUAUCAUAUUCAUCCUCUCAGAAGGCGCGCUGCGCGCCGGCGCGGACGCGAGCCCGCCGUACAACAUGCGCAAGGGCCUCGUGCUGCAGGCGUGCUUCGUGAUGGUGUUCGGAGCGCUCGUGUUUGGACUGCGCGCGAGGCAGGUACGAAGGGAGAGAGACGCGCUCGAGAAGGCAAGGGGGCUCCAGGGUGUUUGA